AUUUUCAUGAUUUAAAAAUUAAUUAUAAUUAUAUUUAAUUUUAAUUAUUAAGAUUUAUUCAAAGUUUAUGGAAUGUUCAAUUUGUGGAAUGAUUUUAUAGAAUUUUUAUGUUUUAUUUAAUUUUUUGAGGCUAUGGCCAAAAAUUCUCUGGAUUCCGAACAAAACAACACUUUUAAAUCGCAUACUGACAGUAUUGACUAUUCAUAUUCUGAUUACAGGAUCUAUGAGAUUGUUUCAUCAGAGUAUACUAGGGAUGUGGAGCUAAUGGAACUGGAAGCUGCGGAAAUUGAUAGAAAAAACACAAAUAAAACACUUGAAAUCACAUCUUCUAUGAGAAAAAAAUCUUCAAUUUCAAGUAUGGCCCAUUUGAGAAUGUGUAAAAUAGUAAAUAGUGACAGAAUACUUAUAUUAUUCGGAGACAGAAGAGAUGAAGCUGAAGAAGUUUUCAAAGACUGUAACAUACAGGUGUAUAAUUACCAUAGAGUUAAAGUGCCCAAAUAUGCUCCUUAUACCAGGGAACAAUAUAAUAAAUGGAAAAUACACUGGCCACUCAAGUUCAUAAAACCUUCCUUCCAACCAUUAGAAAUCUCGAAUGUACUGAAUGAAAAAAUGCUCAAAAUACUUUUUAGAGCAUUGAAAGAAUCUAAAGAAAGAGGAUCCAAGUGUGUGUGUAUUAUCACUUUCAAAGAUAAAGUCAUAUCUACAGCAUUUGACGAAAGGGAUGUAAAUAUACUGAAACAUGCCUCAAUUCUGGCAGUUAAUAAAAUAGCAGAAGCUAAGAAAAAAAGAGAAACACAAAAAAUAAAGGACUAUCCGGAUUACUUGUGCACAGGCUGUGAAGUUUACUUGAGCCAUGAACCUUGUUGUAUGUGUGGAAUGGCACUUUUGCAUUCCAGAAUCUCAAAAGUGAUAUAUGGAAUCAAAAAUCAUAAAUUAGGGUGUUUUGGCUCAGUCUGGAAUCUUCAUAAUAUGAUUGAACUAAACCACCGUUUCAGAGCAUUUACUGUUACACCCAAUAUAUCAUUAAAUAAUCCUAUUUCACUUUUUUGUACAUUUUCAACAUAUUUGUAA